AUGACCAGAGUUAAACGAGGAUAUACAGCUCGGAGACGUCGAAAAAAGAUUCGUUUAUUUGCAUCAACCUUUAUAGGGGCUCAUUCAAGACUGACUCGAACGACUACUCAACAAAGAAUGAGAGCUUUGAUUUCCUCUCAUCGAGAUAGGAGCAGGAAAAAGAGAGAUUUUCGUCGUUUGUGGAUCACUCGAAUAAAUGCGGUAACUCGUGAGGAUAAGCUAUUCUAUAGUUAUAGCCUCUUUAUCCACAAUCUGUACAAAAGACAAUUGCUUCUGAAUCGUAAAAUACUUGCGCAAAUAGCCCUAUCAAAUAAGAAUUGUUUUGAUAUUAUUUCAAAUAAAAUUAUCAAUUAA